AGAUGGCAGAGCAUGGCUCCUCCCAUGCACCUGAUGGGGAGUAUUUACAGCUCUUUACAGCUACUCAGUGCACUGUUUCCAAGAGCGCAGCGCAACACCAUGACACUCCACUGGACUUAAGAAAUAAGGAUCCGCCUUUAAAGAGUAAAUUGAAGCUCACCACGGCUGUGAUUUACAAGACAAAAGUUUGCCAGAAGUUGUCCACUUGUUUUCCACGCAAAGAUGCCGCGCUCAUUUCUGGUCAAGAAACACAUAAACUCCGCAAAGAAGCCAAACUACAGUGAGCUGGAGAGCCCAACAGUCUUCUUCACGCCGCACAUCUACCGGGGCCUCCCCCUACCUGUCAUCCCCCAGCCGGAGAUUCUGAGCCCGGCAGCCUACAGCCCCAUCACCGUGUGGACUACCAGCAGCCUGCCGCUGUCUCCGCUCCCCAGUGACCUCUCCCCCAUCUCCGGAUACCCGUCCUCGCUCUCUGACACGUCCUCCAAAGACCACAGCGGCUCGGAAAGCCCGAGGAGCGAUGAAGACGAGCAGAUGCUGCCCAAGCUGACAGACCCUCACGGGGUGGAGGCAGAGAAAUUCACGUGUAGUUUGUGUAGCAAGUCCUACUCCACGUACUCUGGACUGCUCAAGCACAAACAGCUGCACUGCGAUGCCCAAACGAGGAAAUCGUUCAGUUGUAAAUACUGCGAGAAGGAGUACGUGAGCCUGGGGGCUCUCAAAAUGCACAUCAGGACUCACACCUUGCCUUGUGUUUGCAAAAUAUGUGGGAAAGCUUUCUCCAGACCUUGGCUGCUGCAGGGACACAUCAGGACACACACCGGAGAGAAGCCAUUCUCCUGCCCCCACUGCAACCGGGCGUUUGCAGACAGGUCCAAUCUCAGGGCUCACCUACAGACCCAUUCGGAUGUGAAAAAAUACCAAUGCAAGAACUGUUCGAAAACCUUCUCCAGGAUGUCUCUUCUGCACAAGCAUGAGGAAUCUGGUUGUUGUGUAGCACACUGAACUGGGAUACUUUUCCACCAUCACCACCAGCAGCAAGAAAAAAAAGAAAAAGAAAAAGCCCUCUUUGUAGCUUCUUUAUUUUUCAAGUCCAGGAGAACUGUCAGGGAAUUACAUGGAGGGGGUUUGGAGCUCCAAAGACUCGAUUUUAUUUCAGAGUGAGAAAUAACUCACGUGCCUCUUCAUUUCAAGCAGUGUUUCUGUGAUUGCAAUCAGUGUCGAGCUUUGUCAUGCCAUGUACUCACCUACCUGUGCUAUUCAUGCACUUUUCUGCAUGUUUAGAGUGUUUUUUAUAAGCCUUCACAAUUUUAUCUUCAGUGUUUGUACCAGUGUCUCUGAUAAACGGCUGGUAUGCAGUCCUCCACUCUUUAAAUGAAACCAAAAAGGCGCAUUGUGAAUGACAGCAUAAACCAAACUAGAGGAAUACUGAAGCCAUUGGAACUGAGGGAACAAGUGCAAAAUUCUUUUAGGGUGAAAUGAUGAUUAAACUUUUGCACAGACAUUAGAAACGGUUUGCCAGCACUCAACCAAAAAAGAAAAAAUCUCAAGUGCCUCAGUUUUCCAAAGCAAUAAUAUGUAUGUUUCCUUUUAUAUUUUUAUAUAUUGAAUGUAAGCGUGACUGAGAUGAUUGUAUAUUAACAGUGGAAAAACUGUGAUGCUGAAUGAUUUUGAUAUUUUCAUAUCCUCAUGACACUUUUCAAAAUAAAGUCUCAUGACAUUUUGUAUAA